AUGGAUGACACUAACGACGAUAAUAAUGAUCCAACCAUUAAAAAACUUACAGAUAACAUACAAGAAGAUGUUAUGAACAAAUCGAGUAGUGAAACAUUAUUGAAUAUUGACGAAUUUGAAAACCAACAAGUUCUGCUUGAAAACAAAGAUAAAGAAAUGGAAGAAAAUCAUGUAUUAAAAUUGACAAUAAUAAACCUUGAAAUUAAAAGAUUAAAGAAGAAAAUGUCAAAAAAGAAUUUCAAAUUUGGGUUUCAUACCAAUUUUUUGGUUUUACAAUAUGCUAAUCUUAUCAGGGAAAGAGAUGAAAUUUUAAAAAAAGAAUUGGCAACCAAUGCUACAACUAACGAAAAUACAACUUCAGAAAGAAAAGAACUUGGGAAAAUUACUAAUACUUCAUCUCAAAGUUCAAACCUCAAAAAUGAAACCCCUUUCAAAUCUGUGAUUGUAACUCAUGAAGAACUCGUUAAAAGAUGGGAUAAAAUUAAGCAAGAAAAAUUGUCCAAAAAAGCUGCAGCUAAAGAAAAUACUACUUCAGAAAGAAAAGAACUAGAAGAUAUUACUAAUAUAUCAUCUCAACAUUAA